CCUGCUGUGGUGGUCAAUGGGUGGCAAAAUCUGUCUGGUUAUAAGCAUUCUUCCUAAUAUCUUAUACAUUUUUACAGAUUUGGAACAACUCGAAGGUGAGUAAAUGAUGACAGAUUUUUCAUUUUUGGGUGAAGUAACCCUUUAAUCAGAAUUUACAAAUGAAAUAAAAUUAUUUUCGACUUCACGCUGCGCUUCGCAGAUCGAUCGGCACGUUGCAUCAAAGUACCGCGAGAACGACUCUAAAACGUUGCUAUCGAAUCGCUCUCGCGGUACUUGGAUGUCAAGCACUGAGCGCCGCAAAAAAUACACUACGCCGUUCGAUUUUAUCUCCUUUCUAUUGCUUUUCCUGUCACGAUGCAUUCAUACGGAUGUUGUCGAUGCUAAGCAUGUAACGUGAGCUCAACUUGGCGAAUAUGUUGGCGGUGAAGAGAAUCCUUUGCUCUAAAGAAUGGACAUUAAGUCCAUAUACAACUGCAAUAACAAGAAUGAUGUGUCACAUAACAGCACGACACGAGUUGUUGGCUGACCAGCGCGUUUCCUGGUUAAUGACCUAUAAAGAAAGGUGUAUUUAUAGCUCAGCAUGUCUAUCUGGUGGUAAUAAACUGAUGAAGAUGCUGGCCAAUAAGAAGAAGAAGCAUUGGUAUAAAACUCCUCUGCAGUCCAGACCACUAGGUCUGCCUGACUUUGUAAAGCCGUCAAAGAAAAACCUGGAAGACAGUGUUCGUGUAAGAACUUUAAACAACAUCAUCUACAAAGCAGUGACCGACUUGCUGAAUUCGUACGAGGUCAACUCAGAUAUUGCUGCCUACAACAUUCAGAUAUCCAAAGUUUCGCUACCACCAGAUUUCUCCUCUUGUCGAAUAUACUGGAAGACAAGUCUGUCAGCUGAACAAGACGGUCAAAUUCAGCAUGCUUUAGACAAAUGUGCUCCUCGUAUACGAUACCUUCUCAUCUCUCACCAAAUCCUUGGUGGCGUCCCUCCUUUGGUUUUUAUUAGAGAUAAACAAUAUGCUGCGAUGAUGGAGGUUGAAAACCUUCUCAAGAUCGCAGAUUAUGGGUCAGGUGAAGAUGAAAUAAACAAUUCAUCCAUCAGUGAUGUUGGGGCCAGACUGCAUCUAAUGGACUUUGGAGAAAAGAAAAGACCAGUGUUUGGUGUGGAUCAUGAUGCACUCCACAAACAGAUUGAAGCUUAUAAACGAGAGAAGGGGUCGAGAGAGUCUCUCACACAAAGUCCUGCAACAGGAGGACUAACUCAAGAGCAGCUGAACACACUGGCAGAAAUCAGGAAACAGAAACUCAUAGAGAAAAAGAAACUCAAAGCCAAACGGAUGAAAGAUGAUGACAUCACUCCAAAAGACUACCUGCUGGCCAGGAGUCUUCAGAAAGAGGAAAAAGAGGAGGUGGACAACAAUGAAGACAGCCUGCUGAAUAGCCAAAUCUCACAACUGAUGGCAGAAGACAACAGGGGACACUAAAAUGAAAUGAUCUUUAGGUGCAAUGUCACGCUGU